GUUAAAAAUCUUGCAUGCACCAUUCGCGUUAACCACUGCUUGAAAUCUCGCACGCAUACUCAAUAGUCGCUGGGCAUAAUAGUGGAGUGCUUCCCACACCUCUCUAACCUAGCUGUUGAGGGUCUGGCGAGGCGGCUGCUAAAUGCGUCUAUAAUUAAUCUGGAUAUAGCUCUUCAUCCAGUUCUAGAAAGACUCUACGGGGUUGAAGUCUGGCGAGUAUGGAGGGAAGUCAAUGACCUCUAUACCUCUGACAUCUAACUCCUCAUGAGUGCUGAAGGCAGUAUGUGAGCUGGCUCUAUCCUGCAGGAGGGCAAGCUUGAUACUAGUCUGUCGAUGCUAAUAGAAAAAGGCAUCAAUGAGAGGGACUAUGUGUUGCUGCUGGUAUGAUUCAGCGUUAGUAGUCCCUCGUCCCUCGUCUCUCCAUUUCCCAUACAACCCCACCCCUGGGGCUUUCUUGCCACCUGCAAAGAAGCCCCAAAACAUCGAGUCUUUCCUUCUUCUGGGCCUCUGGAUGAUGCAUGCUGACCAGGGGUAUAAAACUUCGGCCUAGUACCAUCGUAUAACGAACAUUAGGGGCGGUAGGAGCGCUUUUCAAGCUAAAAUGCUUCAAAGG